UCCGCUUCGGUUACAUUGAAUCAAGUGAGUUGAAAGUGGAUGGUUGAAAUAACCGUUCCGUUCCUGGGCGAACGAUUUGAACGGUCACAAAAGUCUAAUCCCGUUGCCUUUCAAGCCAUGUCCUAUCCAAGUUGUGAAACGCUAGAUCAAAAGCCCUGAUCACCACAUGUGUUUUCAUACACGUGUAGUGAGGAUUAAUCUACUUAGAACUCGCAUUCCCGACCUACACGAAACAAUUCCUCAACGAAUCAAACGCCUUCUCCCUGCGAGCGAGUCCGCCUCUCGCUUUUGGCGGAUCAUUAAAAAAAACGCUACCAAUCUCCUUCUCUCCAUAUUAUGAUCCAAAACAGCCAAACAGUCCGAGAAAAUAAGAAACCAGAAAUCAAAACACAUCCCCAUCAGUAAGAAAUCAAAUAAAACUAGGAAAAAAAUGACAUGUUUGGCUCUGUCACUACAACCCGCAACCGGACCCGACAUCCUUCUCCAGACCCGGGAAUGGUUCCCGCCAUCUCGCGCCCUCUCUGCCCUAACCUCAUUCCGUCAGACGCGUCAGACCUUCUUCUCAUCCGUCCACGGCAAAGAUCCCAUGCCGUCAGAAGACCUCGAUUCUUCCCUCGGCGACGAUCCCCUCGCCGCCUCAAGCGGCCAGCUCAUCGUUGGCGUCGAGUCCAAGUACCGGAUCGUCUACCGCCGUGUGAAUUCUAUCUACGUCGUUGCCAUCACCACCGUUGAUCUCGUCAAUGUCUUCGAUUGCGCCAAUGUCGUAAACCAGGCUGUCGGAGUCGUUGUCGUCGCCUGCCGAGGCGUCGAUGUCAACCCCGAGAAGAUCCACCGGAAGUAUGCUGAAGUCUACAUGGCGCUCGACAUCGUCCUACGUGGUGUCAGCGGCAUCCGUCUCGCCUACAUCCUGUCAUCCAUGCAUGGUGAUGGGAUCGCCAGGAUGGUCCAGCUGGCAGCCGGUGCAGAGACUCUGGUUCGCGGCGCGAAUUCAUGGCUCGCAGUAGAGGGGGCGGCAUCUGCGCACCAAGUGAAUAUGGCAUUCUUCUCGGCCUCACAGUUCGAGCUUCCACCUGAGGCGCUGGCAGCAGGCGAAGAGUUUGCUACCGCUCACGCGCCCGCCAUGGCCACAGGCGUGGAGGUGCAUGAUCAGCUGGAGGAAUCCUCCGCCAUAGUGGCGGAGAAAGACCCAUUUGCUGCCAGCGAUGCAAUCAACAAGCCAGAGGCGCUGGGAGGUGAGUUCAAGAAGAGUAAGGAUCGAUCCGGACCGUCCGAUUUGUCGUUGGCGCUGGCAGGCCUUGAUGUCACCCCACUGCCUCCCCCUGUUGCUACUCAAUCAACGUUCAUUGCGGUGGAAGGAUUUGAAGGUGAGUACGGCGGGAUUGAAUUCAGCAAUGAGCAGACUACAUUGAAAGAAGCGUUUGAAGGAUUUGACACCGCCUUCGGUGGUGGCUUGGAUGCGUCGGAAUUUGUGGGGAAUGCGAAGGUCCCGAAGCCGCUAGGUUUAGGUGGGCUGGAAGAGCUGCAAUCAGGACAGCCUGCUACAAAGGCGUCUGUAGCAGAUGGCCCGAUUGAAACUCUCCAAGCAUUGAAAGCACCAGAGAUGAAGGGCCCACAGAUGUACAUUUCAGAAGAGAUCAAUGCCGAAUUCAGGGAAUCGGUACUCGCUCGAGUAGGCCUACAGGGAAUUAUCUAUUUGAAAACAAUGCCUCCCAAACAAUCUGGCGGGAAAGAAACUGAAUUCUCUUUCGGUAUCGAUGGCACGACCGGGAUCAAGCGAGCUGUGAUGCAGAGCUCUCGAAUUAAUAGCCUUGGCAAUGGUCUGUUUCAUAUUCGAACUUCGGCAGCUGAUGAUCCAAUCCCAAUCUUGAAAUACAGUCUACGGCCACAAUUCAGUCCCUUGCCAUUAAGGGUUCGUCUUAUCCAGCGCUACAGUGGGACCUUACUCUCUGUAAUGAUACAAUACGCUUCGAAUCCAGAGCUGCCGGCGCCGCUCAGUGAUGUAGCAUUUGUUCUUAAAUUACCGGUCGACCCGACAUUGUUGAAGGUCUCACCCAAGGCUAUCUUAAAUCGGGCAGAGCGGGAAUUGAGAUGGAACGUCGAGGAAGUCCCUCUGAAGGGCCCGCCUGGCCGGUUAAGAGCAAGAAUGCCCGUUGAUUCAGGUGAUCAAGAUGCAGAGAGUGAAAUUGAUGUUGUUGGGAUGGUGAGAUUUUCUGUAGAGGCAGCAAGCACACUGUCCGGCGUUUCUCUACGGCAUGUUUCUGAUGAUAAGAUGGAUUUUUAUCAGGUUAAUCACAGAUACACAAGUGGGAUUUAUAUGUGUUGCCAGUACUGAUUAUUGACUGCCUUCUCCUGACCAACAUUAGUUCGAUUCUUUUCGGCCGAGUUUGGCUCAUGGUCGUUUCAGGAGCGGAGAAAUAUAAUUUGUGAUUUUAGGAUUUCUACACUGAUAGGAUUAAUUUUUAAAAAUCAGGAACUGGGUUUCUUCCGAAUCGGUACGAGUUUCAUUCCUUGAUUUUCUUAAAUUCUACUAAAUGAGUAGAAAUCCCAAAACUUGCUAAUUAGUUUUCUGUUUCUCUUCUCUUGUAGUGUUUGUAAUAUUUCUGGCACGGGAUUGAUUAUUCAUGUUGAAUUCUUUCAAUAUUUGCUGAUAUGUAUUUGAACAUUGUACCGAAAUGUGUUUGGAGGAACUUAUAUUAGUGAAAAUUCAUUUCUUGGUAGGCUA